UAGGAUGAUUGGCAUUGAGAUUGUGGCAUAUUGACAAUGGCAUCGUCUCUGGUUAUAGAGUUAGUGAAGCAGGCCUGGAAGAUAGUUGAAGAGGGUCUGAAGCACGAAAGAACAGCCCAAGACCUGGGGAAGACGGGGGACGAGGUGAGUCCAAUGUUUGCAGAAAUUGUAGAACUGGCCAAGAGGCUGGAUCUGCCAGCCCGUCAAAUAGAGAGCCUCCAGGAUAUUAUGAAACAAAUGGGAGAAGCUCACCUUAAGUACUCCAAAAUCCAGUGCUGGGAUUGCUGCUGCGCGCCAUGUUACAAAGCAGAACUUGACAAAGCUGAUAAGGCGAUUAAAGAUUUCAUUUCCUAUCGCUUGUCGCUCCAGACGGCCUGGGCUACAAUGGAAAUCCUAUGUCACAUUGAGACAACUACUUCUGAUCAGGCCUCCAGUCACAGGAAACCAGCCUUCAAGAUUGAUCGCGAAACAUUGAUCUUCCCAGAGCUCCCAAUCGAGGGACUCAACAGCUUGUUGAUGCAAAAUUUAAGGUCCUGCCUCUUGAAGGAUGAUGGUGAUAAGGUCUUUAACCUCACUGGUUUCGCUGGCUCCGGGAAGACCACCCUGGCCAUACAGCUCUGUGUCGACCAGCAAAUCCAAGGUUUCUUCAACGGCAAUGUCCACUUCAAGUCGGUAGGACCAAAGAUUGAAAGCAGUGGGGAGCAAUUGGCGAGUGAGCUGCGUGAGAGGAAGGGCUUGUUGGUGCUGGACAAUGUUGAGCCUGGCUCAGAAGAUCUGGUUGAGCAGUGUUGGAAGCAGAUACCGUCAGAUUCUAAGAUUUUGGUGAUUUCAAGAGUUGUCCUCCCAGGAUUAGGCAGCCCAGUGGCGAUGACGCCGCUGGGUGAGGAAGACGCCGUCAUUCUCUUGCGUCACUUUGUUCGACCCAUUGGCACCGCCUCUUGUAAUUUGCCUGACCGCCGCAUUCUCCUCCAGGUAGUAGAAUGUUGCGGCGGUUCUCCGAUGGCAAUCAAAAUGAUCGGACGUGAUCUGCGGGGGAAGCCUAGUGAGUUCUGGCGACAGUACUUGAGAAAAUGGUCACCGUCGCAAGGUCUCUCCAUUCUUGAUACUCAUAAAAAGUUCUUCGAUCAUCUCCAUCAGUCCUUGCAGGAUUCGGAAGAAUAUAAAGCCAUCAGCGACUUCUUCAUGGACCUCUGCUUAUUCCCUAGAUAUCAAAUCAUCCCUGUUUCUGCCUUGCUUGAUAUGUGGGUAGAACUUUACAACCAAGACGAGGACGGAAUAGAUGCCAUGAACGUUGUCCACAGUUUGACAGCUAUGAACCUGGCCGACAGGGUGGUUCAAACGAGAGAAGGUGGAAGUAGCAGCGAUGCAGAAGACGACGUGGAUAACCAAUUCUUAACCCAGCAUAGUAUUCUCAGAGAUCUGGCCAGCAGAUAUUCAAAAGAGCAAGCGGGCGAAUUUGAGAGGAAAAGACUAAUUAUUGAAACAAACGGGAAUGAUAUUCCUCGUUCCGAAUGUUUUCCACAACAGCCGCUUCGAGGCAUCGAUGCCUUCUUAUCAGUGUUGAAAGCAUCAAUAUUGCAGCGACGGGUAGCUGCUCGUAUACUAUCCAUAACUCCAGAUCAAAAUGAUACUCCAGAAUUGCGCUCCAUUAUUCAAGGCGCUGAAGCUCAAGUUCUGGUUUUGAAUCUUUGUACUCAUGAGUAUAGGCUGCCGGAAGUCAUUAAAGAAAUGAAGAACCUCAGAGUUCUCAUUGUGAUUAAUAAUGGUUUGCGGUCUACUCAGUUCGGAAACUUGAAACUGCUUGGUUUCCUAAAGGCGCUUAAAAGAAUCAGAUUGCAGAAUGUUUCAGUUCCUUGCCUUUGGGAAAUGAAGAACCUGCGCAAGUUAUCACUUUACGCAUGCGAGGUGAAUCCGGCUUUUGAGAACAGUUCCAUGAAAAUCUCCGAAGCCAUGCCCAAUUUGGUGGAGCUGAAAAUGGAGGACAGUCCAGAUUUGGUGGAGCUGCCUGCUGGGUUCUGCGAUAUUGUCAGCCUGAAGAAGCUCAGCAUCGUUAAAUGCCGCUGCUUUACGACACUUCGCCAAGAGAUUAGGAAGCUUAGGAACUUGGAAUUCCUGAGGAUUAGUUACUGUCAUAAUUUUAAGGAAAUGCCAGAAUCAGUCUCAGAGCUCCAGAGCCUAACCUUUUUGGACAUCUCACACUGCCGAACCCUAGGAAAAUUACCUGACGACAUUGGCAACUUGCAGAGCCUAACAGAUUUUUAUAUGUCGGAUUGCCUCAAGACAGAUGACUUGCCGAGCUCCAUCAUGAACUUGACGCGUUUACAGAAGGUGAUAUGCGAUGAAAAUACAUAUCGUUUCUGGGAAGUUGUCAAGAUUUCCAUAGAUUUCGAUUUGGAAGUAAAGACAGCCAUUGGCAUGCCUUAAUAAAUAAAAUAGGCUCCAGAGUGAAUGGGUUUGAAGGGGACGAUGAGGAUGAAGAUUGAUGCCACUGUUAAUCUGUUAGUUAAUGUCCGUACCUUAAGGUGUAUAACUGAAAAUAAUACCGCCGCUAUAAAGCAUUCUCCUUGGUCAGUGUGUUCCACAACAGUUCAUACGCUUCCGCUGGAUCCAUUUUCUUCAAUACCAAUUCAAUUUCCUCGACCAACUCCACCUUGUAUCAUU